AUGGCUGUAGCCUUGCUGAACUGCAGCAUCUGUCCAGGCCAACCUUCCUUCAGUGAUACCUCUCACUUACUCACUCACAUCAGUUCCAAGGGACACCUAUCCGAGUUUCACAAACUCCAGGUACGGAGCUACCAGGACAUUGCUGCGGGUGUGGAACUGGCCACGUACAGCCACUGGUAUCAACAGCACAACAUUGACAGACUGCUCUCGGAGCGAAUGCAAAUGAAAGAGAACAAACAGGCAAAAAAGAGAAGAGUUUCUGUCGCGGCACGGAACGCAUGCGUACCACAGCCGGGAAUAUUCGACCAUGCACAAUUGAAUCCACCUUUGCCUCCAAAACGACCAGGGAGACCAAAGACGCAGACCCAGACCCAGACCCAGACCCAGACACACUAUCCAACCCAGAGGAGAAGCACUCGAGGCAAACAGGCAAGACGAGCUGUCGACGACACUGACUCGGACUUCAGUCCUGUCAAACCUUCUAGACGCAGGACAAGUCGAGUUCAAGGCUACUCCCCCGUCAAGCGGUCUCCAUCCUCUGACGAUGCCUACCCCUCCCACGAUGACUGUCUGGUUGGAGGCGAGCCGUCAGGUCCGAUUCUUGCCACACCAGAACAUAUGAAGCUGAAGGGAACCGUCUGGCCAGGCAUGGAUCUCUUUGAUGCUGCUACGCAGGAGAUGCAGCAGAAACGGAAUCAAAAGAAAGACGCUUCCGUUCUGAGGCAUAUGGAGAGACUCGCCGCCUUGGUCGAACCCACCGAGGUCGUGUAUUCACCUCGCGGCAACAGCAUCCUGAAAGCGAGACACAUUGAUGACCUUGAAGAUGAAAGCAGUUUGGUGGAAGGAGAAAGUCCUGUUCCGAAAGCCAAGCAGCCCCCUCGCCCUCGCAAGAGAAGGCCACUUGCAGAGAGAGACGUCAAUGCUCCUCGGCUGGUGAAACGCAAGGUCAAAGCUGGAGCGCCAAAGAAAUAUGCUGAUCUUCCGUUCGCUCAGGGUUUACCUCCCCUUCCACACCUGCCCAGCUCAUCCACUGGUGACUCCUAUGGGUUGGGUUCUCGCUAUUUCCCGACAGAAGAUGACGAUGAGGACGUCAAACCGUCCAUUCAAGCUGUCGAGCCUCGCAAACGGCCUCCUCCGUUCGAGGUCUUCGCCGACGGAAGCCCCACCUAUCACGGAAGCAUGUCGAGGAGCGCACAUCGGAAUCCUCUUCAGCCUGGAACUCGAGGCUAUGGAAACGCGACUUUCCAGCAACUGCCCAAGGUUUCCGCGUCCUGGCUUCAACCACAGUAUCAGUCGGCGCUACAAUUUACUGACCCUUAUGCAUCCUACCGACCUGUAGUCCAAGAGUAUCAAGCAUUCUACGAAACACACAUUGAUGAUGAGAAUAUGCUACCAUUGGCUGGACCGCCCGCCGCCUUCCGUGGAGGAGGCACCAACCCUUUGGCUUGGAAGUCUCCUGUUCGACCACCGACCGAGCCUGGACUUCCUCCAUCUGACUCUCCCUUUGGCAAUUUCUUUGCCCUGUUCCAGGGUGGAUCACCGGGCGAUGACCCGUUCGUGACGACCAAGAAUCCUCUGGCAGCAGCGUUGCCACACUUGGAAAGCGAGCAACAUCAUAUUCUGGUCAAGGAGAAGGCAACGCAACUAGCAAAUGGCGGAACUUCAAAUGACACCGAAGUCUAG